CGAGUCUGCGAUCAAUUGAUUUCCUCUCCAAACACAAAUUUUCGGGAAAUUGCAGCAUUUGACUCAUUUCAGAUAAACUUGCUGAUGAAACGCCUUCCUGUGAUUUUGUGGUCACGUCUCCCGGUUUUUCAGGAAGGUUGAGUCUGUCGAGGGCAGCGAGUCGAGAUUGAGAAGCCGCGGAGGAGGAACGACUAAAGAAAAGCCAUGGCUGUGAAUAAAUGCGUCAAAUACCUUCUCUUCUUCUUCAACCUUCUUUUCUGGAUUAGUGGUUGCAUCAUCCUCGGUGUCUCCAUCUACCUGAAAGUCAGCAAGGAUGGAAACCUGAUCACUAAUGAAUCUCUUCCCGGCAUCGACCUGAUGAUCGCCAUCGGAGUGAUCAUCAUGGUGCUCGGCUUCCUGGGCUGCUGUGGAGCCAUCAAAGAGAACCGCUGCAUGCUGCUGCUGUUCUUCAUCAGCCUCCUCUUAAUCUUCAUCCUCCUGGUGGCAGCGGGCAUCGUGGGAGCCGUGAGCGAGAAUAAGGUGAAGGACUGGAUCAAGGAGCGUCUGGAAAAGUUGACCCCUCUGUCAAAACAACCCGACGAUGUGAAGGCCGACCUGGAGAAACUGCAGAAGGAGCUGAAGUGUUGUGGUCUUGUGAACGGACCAUCAGACUGGGAGAAGCUUCCCGACUCCUGCCGCUGCAAUGGCACCGAACCAGAAUGCAAGUCCUCCGUCUACACCACGCCCUGCUCCACCCAAAUCAUCCGUCUGAUGGAGAAAAACAUGGAGGUGGUGCUGGGUAUCGCCUUUGCCAUCGCAAUCCUGCUGAUUUUCGGCAUGGUCUUCGCCAUGAUUCUCUACUGUCAGAUCGGCAGAAAGGACGCCGCCACCACCGCCUGAACGGUCCAACAGCCAAUCAGCAGUGCCCAAAUGACACAUGUAACAUGCUCCGUGUAUCCUCAGCGCUUCUGUGACUUAACCUGUGCUUUUAUUGUGAAUUGGUUGAAUUUAUUUCUGGCUUGAAGGCACAGAAGGAAUAAGUGGAACAAGAAGAUGUCUCAGAAUAUCAGAAUGUUCCUUUAACUUUACGAAACAUGUGAUAGCUGCCAUUCUAGCAAACACUCGUGUCACAAGAGGCUGUUUAACAAGUAACACAAUGACAUUAGUGGAUGUUUCUGUUCACACUGUGGCCUCAAGGAACAAAAUUUAGGAAAAGGAAAAAUCACUUUGUGUUUGUCUGGGGCUUAUUCAGUGUGGAGGACUAUUACUGUUAAAAAUCAAUAAAUAUGAUGUAAGGUAUAAAAAAAAUUCUCCUUCAAUUAAUAAAUUACGCGUCAGUGAUUUCUUUAAAUUCUUAAAAAAUGUUACUCACAUACUCUUUUUAACUUCCCCGUUUUCUGUUUUAAUGUUACGUGGAAUAAAUUAGAUUAAUUACUAUAAUGAACUACUGAAUCAUAGUUUUAGAUCAUCUGUGAGAGCUGUAUUUCUGCUGCGCCUGUUUUUUGGCAGGAAUGAGCCUCCGUAGUUCAUGUCCAAACGUAUUCUGUCUGUCACGAUGUCUGCUGCCAUUUUUGGAAAAUAUUACCAAGUAAUCCUCAGGAAGUUGACAGACUAACAUACCUCCAUAAAGCUUUCAGGAAAUUGAAGACAUAAAUGCGAACAGUGUUGCCAUUAUAAGACAAUACGCCUUGAACUGACACUGCUGACCACGUUGUUAUAUUAUCUUUAACUUCUGAUUGUUUUCAUUUAAAAAGUGCAGAAGUGGUUUAAUCUUGUGGAG